AUGAGCCACCAGAAGAAAGUCAGUCUCAAUCCUCACGAUCUCUGGGGGGUCCUGAAAGGCGACAAUAUGAGUCAAAACGGUACCGCCGCCGGCCCUGACUCAUCCUCCCCUCCAUCACAGACAUCAAAAAGACCCGUGAGCCCAACUGCCAACAAGAAAGUCCCGAGUCGACCAAAAGAAAUGUCGUCUCAAGCAGCCCCUGCGGCUCAUCAAGCCCCCAAGUCAUUACCUGAUUUCGUGCUGCAACGAAACGAGUUCUUCGACCAACUGAAGAAGGAGUAUGACCAAGAACUCGCCAGCAGGGACAAACCCGCAAUUCAGAUCAAGCUCAUUCCCGCGCCCGGUCAAGAGACGACGGUCGAGGGCAAAGCGUGGGAGACCACGCCUGGCCAGCUGUUGAAAAACGUCCCCAAAGAUCGAGCUGGCCAAAUUGUGGUCGCUAAAGUUGACGACCAACUAUGGGAUUUGGACCGACCACUCGAAAAGGACAGCAAAGUCUCUUACCUCACCUUCAGCGACUCCGAAGGCCGAGACGUCUUCUGGCAUUCCUCCGCUCACGUUCUCGGUGAAUGCGCCGAACACGAGUACGGGUGUCGUCUGUCCCACGGCCCUCCCACAGCAAUGGGUUUCUUCUACGAUAUGGCACUUGAGCCAGGCCAAGCCGUCCGCGAAGCCGAGUGGCCCAGCCUGGAGAACCGCGCGAAGAAGUUCACCAAGGAUAAACAAGCAUUUGAGCGGCUUGAAGUCUCCAAGGAUAACCUGCGCAAGAUGUUCGGUUACAGCAAGUACAAGAUGCACUACAUUGAGAAGUUUGUGCCCGAUGGCGAGUCCUCUACGGUCUACCGCAACGGCACGCUCGUCGACUUAUGCCAGGGUCCACACAUCCAAAACACGCGCAAGAUCGAGUCUUUCAAGAUCAUGAAGAACAGUUCCGCCUACUUCCUGAGUGACCAGAGCAACGACUCCCUCCAGCGCAUCCACGGCGUCGCCUUCCCCUCGAAACAGCAACUCAAAGAAUGGGAGAACUUCCUCGAGGAAGCCAAGAAGCGCGACCACCAACUCAUCGGCCAACAGCAGAAACUGUUCAUGUUCAGCAAAAUGUCUCCGGGUUCACCAUUCCUUCUGCCUCACGGCACCCGCAUCUUCAACGCCCUCCAAGCCAUGCUCCGCGACCAGUACUGGGAGAGAGGCUACCAAGAAGUCCAAUCCCCCAACAUGUACGACGUCGAGUUGUGGAAAACAUCCGGCCACUGGCAACACUACCAAGACGACAUGUUCCGGGUGCAAGUGAAGGACGACUCGGCUGACCCCAUGCCGCUGUCCGACAAGAAACCCGACGGCAAGACGCCCCUCGCGGAGAUCAAGGACAAAGACAAAGGUGUCUUUGCUCUCAAACCCAUGAACUGUCCAGGCCACUGCAUCAUGUUCCGCGACGACGAUCGCAGCUACCGGGACCUACCGUGGCGGGUGGCCGACUUUGGUGUCCUCCACAGAAACGAAGCCUCAGGUGCUCUCUCUGGCCUCACACGCGUCCGCAAGUUCCAGCAAGACGACACGCACAUCUUCUGCACGAACGAGCAAGUCCAGGGUGAAAUUGAAGCCCUCUUCGACUUCAUGUCCCACGUCUACAGCCUGUUCGGGUUCCCGUUCAAGCUCAAAUUCUCCACCCGACCGGAGGGGUACAUGGGCACCUUGGAGGAGUGGAACGCGGCCGAAGCGCGCCUGAAGCAAGCCCUCCAGAACUUCCGCGGCGACGACUGGGAGAUGAACGAAGGGGACGGCGCCUUCUACGGCCCCAAGAUCGACGUGACCAUCUCAGACGCCCUCGGCCGGGAAUACCAAUGCGCGACCAUCCAGCUCGACUUCCAAGGCCCGCAGAACUUCCGCCUCGAGUACCGCACGUCCGAGGGCGGCGACGCCAGCAACCAAGCCGACCAGAAAACCGGCGACCGCGACCCCAAAGCCCCCGGCGUCGGCAUGGCGCGACCGGUCAUGAUCCACCGCGCCAUCAUCGGCAGCUUCGAGCGCUUCAUCGCCAUUCUGUGCGAGCAUUUCGCGGGCAAGUGGCCGUUCUGGCUCUCGCCGCGUCAAAUCCUAGUCAUCCCCGUCAUCAAGGCGGCGGAGGACUACGUGCGCGAGAUCCAGGCCAUCUUCCACAAGGCGCGCAUGUACGUCGACAUCGACGUCAGCGGGAACACGCUGCAAAAGAAGGUUCGGAACGGGCAGCUCGCGCAGUAUAAUUUCAUUUUCGUCGUCGGGGCCAAAGAACAAGAAACCCGCACGGUCAACAUCCGCAACCGCGACGACCAAGCCACGCAGAAGAUGGGCGAACUCAUCCCGCUGGAAAAGGCCCUCGACCGACUGACCAAGCUGAGGGACGAGAGGCGGCUCGAGAACAAGAUCGACAUGAGUGAGUAG